AAAACUCUCGACCUCGAACCAUGGGCGCCGUGCACGGCGUCGUCCUGAAGUAUGUCGGUUUGACGGCCGUCGCCUCCGCCGCCCUGGCACUAACACCCAACACCUCCUACGCGCGCUACCCGCUCGUCGUCGUCGCCGUGACGAACCUCAUCAUCAGCGCCCUCUUCAUCGCCGACCGGGGCACGUUUCUGCUCGGCAAGGACCACCGGACCGGGAGGAGCCCGCUGCCGUACUACGCGGUCUGGGCGGGCUUCGUGGUGCCGACGUGGCUCUACACGAAGAUCCACACGGUGCUCGGCACGGGCCACGGCAUCCCCGAGGCGACGGAGGUCGCCGGGGGCUGGUGGCUCGGCGGGCGCUACGCGGACAAGGCGCCGGGCCGGCCCGACCGCUGGGCCGGGUGUUUGGACCUCACCUGCGAGCUGCCCGAGCGGUGCAUGGAAAUGACCGACGCCUACAAGCUCGUGCGCCUCUGGGACGGCGCGCCGCCGUCGCCGGCGCUCGUCGAGGAGGCCGCGCGCUUCUGCGUCGCCGAGCGCGCCAAGGGGCCCGUGCUCGUGCACUGCGCGCACGGCCGGGGCCGGUCGACGACGGUCAUGUGCGCCUGCCUCGCCAAGGCGGGCCUCUUCCCGGACUGGCAGACCGCCUUCGCCGCCUGCCAGCUCAAGCGCCCCUGCGUGCGCCUCAACGCGAAGAUGCGCCGCGUGCUCGAGGCCUGGGAGCGCGAGUACCCGACGCGGUCCAAGAGCCCCUAGGGUGCCCCCCGUUUUUGUCCAUAAGCUCCGUUCGACGAUU